AGGUGUGUUGCACUUGCAUCUAAAGAAGACCUGAGGGAAGACUUCUUGAUUGGCACUUUGUAGACAAACUGUGUGUGUAUUCAACCUUGUAUUCCAAUUGUGAAUAAUUUUUGUUUUUCUUACAGAAUCAAUGUCUUCUUCGUCCUUGGAUCAAUGGAUCCACGACGUGUUCCUCAGUUUCAGAGGAAGAGACACUCGUUGGAACUUUGUGUCUCAUCUUUACGCUGCCCUCUCAAACGCCGGAAUCAGAACAUUCCUUGACGACGAGAAGCUUGAUAGGGGAACGGAACUAGAACCUGAACUACUGCGAGCAAUAGAAGGGUCUCGUAUAUGUAUCGUCGUUUUCUCGCAUACCUAUGCUGAAUCUAGUUGGUGCCUUAUGGAACUCGAAAAGAUUAUGGAAUGCCACGAAACAAUUGGUCAGGAGGUUAUGCCUGUUUUUCAUGAUGUUGAUCCAUGUGAUGUACGUAAUCAGACCGGUAUUUUUCAAGAAGCUUUCGAAGGACAUGCGAUUGGGUACUCAGGUGUCACCGAUGUGUUGUUGCGUUGGAAGAGAGCACUCAAAAAUGCUGCAAAUUUGGCUGGUUGGCAUGCCAAAAGUUUCAAGUCUGAAAACAUGCUAGUGAAAGAAAUCGUUGACUGUAUUUUGAGAAAAGUAGAAAACAGAUACAUGUCAAUUCCAAGCUUUCCUGUUGGAUUAUCAUCCCGCGCGCAAGAUGUGAUUCUGUUUUUAGAAGCGCGAUCAAGAACAACUAGUAUUGUAGGGAUUUGGGGGAUGGGAGGAUCUGGUAAAACAGCAAUUGCUAAAGCUGUCUACAAUCAAAUUCAUCACAAGUUUGAAGAUACAAGUUUCCUUCAAAAUGUUAGAGAAGCUUGUGAAAAGCCUAGAGGCCAAAUUGAUUUACAGGAACAACUUCUUUGUGACAUAGAUCAAACAAGACGGGUGAAGAUACUUGAUGAUGAAUCAGGAAAAACUAUGAUCAAGGAAAGACUUUGCAGCAGAAGGAUACUCAUUGUACUUGAUGAUAUAAAUAGUUCUGGCCAGUUAAAUGCACUAUGUGGAGAUCGUAAUUGGGUUGGUAGAGGAAGCAUAAUAAUUGUUACAACAAGAGAUGUACACAUACUUAAUGUCCUUACAGUUGACUAUGUCUAUGAAGUGAAGGAAAUGAACAACAAUGAGUCCCUUGAGCUUUUUAAUUGGCAUGCUUUUAAGGGAAAAAGUCCAAGAGAAGAUUUUGUUGAACUCUCAAGACAUGUUGUAGCUUACUGCAGAGGCCUACCGUUAGCUCUUGAAGUCAUUGGGUCUUGUUUGUAUCAGAGAACAAAAGAACAAUGGAAAAGUGUGAUAUCAAAACUAAAAAGAAUUCCUAAUCAUGAAAUACAACAAAAACUAAAAAUAAGCUAUGAUGGUUUAAAUGAUGAUACAGAGAGAGAGAUAUUUCUUGACAUAUGUUGUUUUUUCAUUGGUAAGGACAGAGCCUAUGUUACAGACAUCCUAAAUGGCUGUGACUUUUAUGCUGAAAUUGGAAUAACAGUCCUGAUUGAGCGGUGCCUCCUAAAAGUUGAAUAUAAAAACAAGCUUGGAAUGCAUGGUUUGCUACGUGACAUGGGAAGAGAAAUCAUUCGUCAAGAAUCAAAAAAGAAUCCUGAAACGCGUAGUCGACUGUGGUUUCAAGAGGAUGUACUUAAUGUAUUGACAGAAGAUAGUGGAACAAAGGAUGUUAAGGGAUUGGCUUUGAAACUGCCAAGAAACAGUAAAGCAUGCUUCAAAACCAAGGCUUUUAAGAAAAUGAAGAAUCUGAGAGUGUUGCAACUUGACUAUGUACAACUAACUGGCAAUUAUGGGUAUCUUUCCAAACGGUUGAGAUGGGUCCAUUGGCAUGGAUUUCCUUCAACCUGCCUACCCAGUGAAUUUUGUUUGGAAAAUCUAGUUGCUAUUGACUUAAGGCAUAGUAAUCUUAAAAUAGUUUGGAAGGAACCUCAGUUGUUAGAGAGGCUAAAGUUUCUCAAUCUCAGUCACUCCAGGAGCUUGACAAAAACCCCUGAUUUUUCAACACUACCAAAUCUUGAAAAGCUCAUUCUCAAACAUUGUCCAAGCUUGUCCGAGGUGCACCAGUCCAUUGGAGAUCUCAGAAAUAUUCUUCUAAUAAAUUUGAAGGACUGUACAAGACUUGGCAAUCUCCCAAGAAAUAUUUAUAAGUUGAAAUCUUUGAAAACACUUGUUAUUUCUGGUUGUUCAAAGAUUGACAAGGUGGAAGAAGAUAUAGUACAGAUGGAAUCGUUGACAACCCUACUUGCAAAGGGUACUGCUAUAAAACAAGUCCCCUUGUCAAUAAUAAGGAAAAAAGGCAUUGGAUAUGUAUCUCUAUGUGGAUAUGAAGGAUUGUCACAUGAUAUUUUUCCUUCUAUUAUUUGGUCUUGGAUGUCACCCAAAACAAAUGCUCUAUCCCGUAGUUGCUCAUUUUGGGACAUUUCAUCAACUCUAGUGUCCAUAGAUUUGCAGAAUAUCAAUUUGGGUGAUAUAUUAUUGAUUCUUAGAGGCCUUUCAAGACUUCAAAGUGUUAGGGUGCAAUUCUGCUCUCAGAAUCUUCUAUAUUAUGUAUAUGAUGAAAUUUUUACUGUGUUGCAAGCAACAUCCGAUGUAUUGAGAAUCUCAGGACAUUCCUUGAGGUCUCUUUGGAUAGGAAUGGGAAGUUAUCAUCAAUUUGUCAUCACUCUUUGCAAGUGCGUACCACAGGGAUUUACUACCAAUGAGUCUGGCAGUUUUUCUCUCCCAGGUGACAAUUAUCCUUAUUGGUCAACCCAUAAAGGUCACAGGCAUUCAAUACUUUUCAAAGUGCCUCAAGUUAAUGAUUAUCACAUGAAGGGAAUGAUAUUGCAUGUUGUUUGUUCAUCUAUGUUAGAAAGUGUGGCGGCAGAUUGUCGUAUUAGUGUCUUGAUCAUUAACUACACAAAGUACACCAUACAGCUCUACAAUAGAGGCAUACUAAAGUCCUUUAAUGAUCAAGAGUGGAAUGACAUAAUAUCAAAUUUAGGACCUGGUGAUAAAGUGAAGAUUUUUGUAGCUUUGGGACAUGGAUUGACUGUCAAGAAGACAGUAGUUUUCCUACUUUAUGGUCAAUAAAUUAUCCUUUAAUUUGGGUGCCUUGAAGAAACAAUAAUUUCACAUGAAAUGGUGCCGUUGUGCAUAAUAGCUCUCUAGAAAAUCCAGGGUAAGCUCAUGAAGAAAGUGAGUUUUCGGCAAGGAAGUUUGAGUGUGGCCAGGUUAUUACAUUUUUGGAUUGUGAAGGUUUAGGAGAUGGUGGUACUACUUUUGAAGAAGGGAUUUUUAAUUCUUCAAAGUAUGAAGUUCAAAGAUGGUGUUAUUAUUUUCUUCUAAUCACAUGGCUAUGUGUUUAUGAUGUGUUUUGAAAAGGUUUCCUCCGCUAGGAUGCUCCGAUUUUCUUCCGUUGUGACUUGUGACUCCAUUUUUCCUCACAGACUAAAAUAUUCCUCAAUAUGAAUUUUCCAGUGAUAAAAGCUGCUAUAUUAACAAUCCAAUCUCGUAAUGUUUUCCACAACAAACUAAGGUGAGCUUCCAAGAUCAUGAAAGCUUUUGUUUUAUGGGUAAGAUUAAUGAUACAUGUUUGGGGGUGCUUUUCUUUCUCAGUUUGCUUGGAUUUAUGUAUACAAGAUGAUAUCUUAGCUAAUAAUUUAUCAUAAUAAAUUUGAGAUGAUGACGUAAAU